AUAAAAUCUUACGUCAUUCUACUUUCCUAACAUUGGCGCUUGUAUGACCUAAAAUAGUAAACUUAGUGCUAAGAAAAUAUUGUUGACUAAAGCGAUAUUACCGUUGAUUAACUGGGUCAAGUUACGAUGAUGUAAUGUUUGUCUAGAGUACAUAAGGUUUUAAAGAAGACACGCGCGAAGAUCGAAAAGCAACGCAAACUUUGAACGACAACGAGACGAGAGAAUCAAAAUGGAAGGGGUCAAUCUGCCCACAGGAGAAGAGGGACAUGGACAACCUCCUCCUACUUACGCUGAAGCAGUAAAAACUGAUACUAAAAAUGGGUCCGUUAUGAAUGGACACGAUAAUCUUGGGGUGAAAUUUGAGCCAGACGAGCUGAAUGGCGGACCGAGCAGCGGCGGUCAAAUUAACGGGAACGCAAAAACAUCUGGAGAUCCUGAGGAGGAUAAGAAAGACGCUAAGAAGAAGGAAGAAAAGCCACCUAUGGUUUCAUUAGGGCAGCUGUUUCGAUAUGCUGAUGGCGUGGACAGGAUUCUUCUUGCUCUUGCUUUUUUUGGAGCUAUGGCACAUGGUGUUGCAACUCCUCUGCAGUUUAUCAUCUUUGGAGAGCUCAUUGAAAGCUUUGUCAAAUAUCAAAUUGAUGCAAAUACUGGGAACAGUACCACCUUUGAUCUGGAAGGUGUCAUGACAGACCUAGCUAUCUACUAUAUCUACCUUGCCAUUGGGGCACUUAUAGUAGCAUACCUUCAAGCUGGUUUCUUUCAAUACACAGCAGUGCGCCAGGCCAAAAGGAUACGCUGCAAUUUUUUCAAGGCCGUAAUGCGUCAAGACAUUGGAUGGUUUGAUACUUAUGAUGCUGGAGAGCUGAAUAAUAGAUUAACUGAAGACAUCAGCAAAGUUGUAGAUGGCCUUGGUUCAAAAGUCGGCUUAGUCGUCCAGUUUACCACCACCUUCCUAGCAGGUUUUAUCAUGGGGUUUGCCUACAGCUGGAAGCUUACCCUCGUGAUUCUAGCCCUUACACCCCUCAUGGUUAUCGCUGGUGGGAUUAUGGGAAAGGUCAUAUCUGUUUUCACCAGUAAAGAACUUGAGGCUUAUGCUAAGGCAGGGGCUAUCGCUGAGGAAGUUCUAUCCUCUAUUAGAACUGUGGCCGCAUUUGGUGGAGAGAAAAAGGAAUGUGAAAGGUACAACUCUCAUCUGGGAGAAGCGCAGGCUUUUGGAGUCAAAAAGGGUCUCUCUACUGGACUGGGCUUUGGGUUUUUCCAGCUUAUUAUGUUCGGAAGUUACUCAUUGGCUUUUUGGUAUGGCGCUGUUUUGGUGGCAGAUAAGGCUAUCAAUAGUGGAGAUCUGCUUGUGGUAUUUUUCUCAGUGAUGGUUGGUGCAACUCAGCUAGGUCAGGCGGGCCCAAACAUUGAGGCGAUCGCUACUGCGAGGGGUGCAGCCUACGAGCUCUACAGCAUCAUUGAUCGCCAGCCACCCAUUGAUAGCAGCUCUGAGGAAGGGUUGAAACCAGCAAGCGUCAAGGGAGACAUAGAUUUUACAGACAUCCAUUUCCAGUAUCCUUCCCGUCCGGACGUCAAAGUAUUGAAAGGAUUACAUCUUACAAUCAGAAGUGGCCAGACUGUGGCGUUGGUCGGCGAGAGCGGCUGUGGAAAGAGUACGCUUAUCAAGCUUGUACAGCGGUUUUACGACCCGGCUGAAGGAACAGUUUGUAUGGAUGGUAUCGACAUCCGCUCGUUGAACCUCAAAUGGUUACGUCAGCAUAUCGGAGUGGUUAGCCAGGAGCCAAUCCUUUUUGCCACUACAGUGGCCGAGAACAUACGCUACGGUCGAGAAGGUAUCACCCAGGCAGAGAUCGAAAAGGCCACCAAGAUGGCGAACGCUCAUGACUUUAUCAGGAAUCUGCCGCAGGGAUAUAAUACAGUAGUUGGUGAACGUGGCGCACAAAUGAGCGGCGGCCAAAAGCAGAGAAUCGCCAUCGCGCGAGCACUGGUCAAGAACCCCACUCUGCUUAUCCUGGACGAGGCCACGUCUGCGCUUGACACGGAGAGCGAGAAAAUAGUGCAGGCAGCACUAGACAAGGCGAGUGAGGGACGCACUACACUAGUGAUCGCCCAUCGUCUCUCCACCAUCAGAAACGCCACGGUCAUUGCAGCCAUACAAGACGGGGUGGUGGUAGAGAAAGGAUCUCACAACGAACUGAUGGCCACUGAUGGCCUAUACAGACAGCUUAUCACUCUACAGUCUUUUGAAGAAGAAGGGAACGAUGACGCAGACGAUGAUCCAACGGAGAAAGAGACGCAGGCUGCCGUAAAGUUUAUGAGGAGUGUAUCCGUGCUGUCGAGUGAUGGGGAGCACGAGGCCACCGCCCUGGAACGCAAAGUGUCCAUGCGUGCCUCCCGGAGACUGUCCUUGAAACGAGCUCCUUCGGCACUCUCGCGCUCCGAUAGUCACGUGAUUGAACAGGGCAAGCAUAACCACAAGGUCUUAGAGGAGGAGGCCGAGCCUGGGUCAGCUCUUCGUGUUUUACGCAUGAACUCAGACCAAUGGCCGGUCAUGGUAGUAGGCGUGAUAUCUGCUCUCAUCAAUGGACUGCUACCAAUGUCUUUCGCUCUCUUACUCGGCGAAAUAUUGAACGUGUUCACUCUGGUAAAUACGGAUGAGAUGAAGAAGGAAGCGACCUUCUGGGCGCUUAUGUUCCUCGUGAUGGGUGGAGCGAGCUUCUUCACACAGAUCUUUCAGAAUUACAUGUUCGCGAUAUCCGGUGAAGCAUUGACGGUGAAGAUAAGACGACUUUCCUUUAAAUCACUGCUUAGACAGGAAAUGGCAUUCUUCGAUGAUCCAUUCCAUACCACUGGGGCCCUCACAACAGCCUUGGCAACUCAUGCAUCGGAUGUGAAAGGGGCUGCGGGAAGUCGACUUGGCACCCUUGCCUUGGGCCUUAGUACCGUGGUCGCCUCGGCUAUUUACGCAUUUUAUAACGGCUGGAAGCUUAGUCUUGUGGUGUGUGCGUUUAUCCCUUUUAUAGUACUGGCAGGGGCGCUGCAUAUGAAGGCGUUCACGGGGGAUCAUGGAGGAAAAGACGACUAUAUAGAGUCAGGAAAGAUUGCAGUGGAAGCGUUUGAGAAUGUUCGAACCAUAGCAACUUUAGGAAGGGAACACACGUUCUUCGAACAUUACUCUCGGAGCAUUGAUGGACCUCACAAGGUUGCUGUCCGUCGCGCGCAUCUAUCGGGUGCCUCGUACGGUCUGACGGAAGCGAUUAUGUUCUUGUGCAAUGCAGCAUGCUUCCGGUUCGGCGCCUACUUAAUUGUCCAAGGAGAGAUGGACAUGCCAAGAGUUAUGAAGGUUGUUAUGUGUAUUGUAAUCGCCGGUCUUGUAGCUGGGCAGAUCUCCAGCCUCUCCCCGGACUACCAGAAGGCCAGGACUGCUGCAGGGAAGAUAUUCAAGCUCUUGGAUCGCACCCCGGCGAUAGAUAGUGCUUCUGAGAAUGGGCUACAGCCGGCCGCUGUCCGAGGUACGGUGCAAGUGCGCAGCGUUCGCUUUAAGUACCCCACCCGUCCCGAUGUCAAGGUACUCCGUGGUCUGUCCUUAGAGGUGAACCAAGGCCAAACACUCGCCCUCGUUGGACCAAGCGGGUGUGGAAAAAGCACGACCGUCUCUCUGUUGGAGCGCUUCUACGACCCAGAAGAUGGCGAAAUGGCAAUCGAUAACGCCAAUGUUCGCCAGUUGAACCUCAAGUGGCUUCGCUCCAAGAUAGGCAUCGUGUCGCAAGAACCGGUCCUGUUCGGGUACAGCAUCGCGCAGAACAUCGCGUAUGGAGAUAACAGCCGUGAGGUAUCCAUGGCAGAGAUCGAGACUGCUGCCAAGGCCGCUAAUAUUCACAACUUUAUCUGCGGACUGCCUAAGGGCUACGAUACAGAAGUAGGAGACAAGGGGACACUGAUCUCUGGCGGACAAAAGCAGAGGAUUGCUAUUGCGCGUGCGUUGAUCAGAAAUCCUCCCAUCUUACUUCUCGAUGAGGCCACAUCCGCACUAGACACAGAGAGCGAGAAGGUUGUCCAAGACGCCCUGGACGCAGCUAGUGAGGGUCGCACAGUGAUCAUGAUCGCACAUCGCCUCUCCACCGUCAAGAAUGCAGACGUGAUUUGUGUCAUUGACCAUGGGCGUGUAGCAGAGCAGGGUACACACCAGGAGUUGAUGGCCUUGAACGGGAUAUACACCGGGCUUGUUACUGCACAGAUGGUGUCCGGGAACACAUCGUGAUGCACAUAGAACGUAUGCGGAAACAGACAAGGAAAACAAGACACCGUUCAAUGAACCCUUUCCUUCCCUCUCUUUUUCCUUUCUCCGCUUACCUCUCCGUCACUCUUCGGAUACGCGGUAGGCAUAAGUAUGCGGAAACGGACAAGGAAAACAAGACACCGUUCAAUGAACCCUUUCCUUCCCUCUCUUUUUCCUUUCUCCGCUUACCUCUCCGUCACUCUUCGGAUACGCGGUUGGCAUAAGUAUGCGGAAACAGACAAGGAAAACAAGACACCGUUCAAUGAACCCUUUCCUUCCCUCUCUUUUUCCUUUCUCCGCUUACCUCUCCGUCACUCUUCGGAUACGCGGUAGGCAUAAGUAUGCGGAAACAGACAAGGAAAACAAGACACCGUUCAAUGAACCCUUUCCUUCCCUCUCUUUUUCCUUUCUCCGCUUACCUCUCCGUCACUCUUCGGAUACGCGGUAGGCAUAAGUAUGCGGAAACAGACAAGGAAAACAAGACACCGUUCAAUGAACCCUUUCCUUCCCUCUCUUUUUCCUUUCUCCGCUUACCUCUCCGUCACUCUUCGGAUACGCGGUAGGCAUAAGUAUGCGGAAACAGACAAGGAAAACAAGACAGUGUUCCAUAAUCCCUUUCCAUCCCUCUCUUUUUCCUUUCUCCGCUUCCCUAUCCUUCACUCUCUUUUACAUACGCGCGGUAAGCAUAUUUUCAACGUUUUCAUGGCCUUCUCCGUCUCCGUUUCCUUUGCUGGUGGAAGCAGACCGUAAAGGAGGUGCGUCCUCUGCUAGGCUUCUAGUUUGCUUAAAAUCGGCAACAUAUGAUCGAUAAUCAAUAUGGAUUCUCCCUUCGUGCUACCGUCUCUUCUCAUAUUCGCUCCAAACGUGGUUGCUGGUCGUUGGAGCACGGCCGAAACAAAAGCCGUGUGUGGACUGUGUGUGGACCGUGUGUGGACCGUAUAGCAUUGUCUCCUAAUGGCUGUGGCCCACGGAACUCUUGACACAGCCCCUUUAAGUCAGCAUCAAGCAGACUGGGGAACUCUGUCGUUAGUGCCACACCAGCUCAUUCUGUCCAUAACAGCACGCACUACUACUCACAUUAAUCUAGUGUCACAUUAUCUAGGACCCUCAAGGGAGACGACAAUUAAAAAUUUAGCGUUUGCUUGAGACUAAAGCAGAGCACUUACCAGUAUUGUGGUACUCGUUACAUUUUCAUGUAAAUAUGAAAACAAAUAAUUAGACUCGAGGCUAGGCUGUACGUUACUGUACGUAAUAAAUCAAAACUGACUUCAAGAAACUUAAUAGCAUUUUUUUUAAUACCGUCCAAAGGUCUUUGUAAAUCUUAUUUAAUAAUUCUUAAGUAUUUAAUAGAUCUUAUAAAAUACCAAAGAUCAUUGGAAAUCUUAUUUAAUAUGUUUUCGACGUUUGUCUAGUCCUUCCGCUAACGAUUCUCGCGAACGAUUCUCGAAUCCAUUAUUUGUAGGUUAUAAACAAUGUACUAUAUGUGAAUCCUCAAUAAAACAAAAAGCCCAAGGCAACAAAACCA